AUGGACGCAAAGUCCGCCACAACAGUGGAGUUUCGCCAGUACAAAAACAUCGCCGAGCAUUUCACCUGCCCGAUUCAUCUCGGGAAACUCCGGGACCCCCGUCGGCUCGCUUGCGAACACACCUUCUGCGCCGAUUGUCUGAACGGAUGUAUCAACAGUGCGCUGAGCACGCGCACCGACGGCAUGUUCGAAUGUCCGGUCUGCCGCUCGAAGCACCACGUGCCGAAUAACAAAUCACGUGACUGGGCCCGAGGGUUUCCGAUUGACGCCUUCUGCGUGAUUCAGCUUCACACCCUAUCCCAGUACGAACAGUCUAGCGUUUGCGAGAAACACAUUCAAAAGUUCAAAGAAUACUUCUGCUUCCAUCACCGCGAACUGCUCUGCUCCGACUGUGUGAUUGAAAAGCACACGAAGUCGCCGUGCUCAUGCGGAAGCCUCCAAGACUCCAUCACAGAAGUUCGUCUGCAAAUCAAAGAGCUCCUCGGGAAACUCCGCUUGCAAGAGGAGAGAGCUCGCCGCAUCAUGGAGUCCCAGGUCGCCGCCUCUCACGCGGACGAACUUCUGAGGAAGAUUAGCGACGUUGAAAAGACGCUUAUGAAGUUCUAUAAGUCAAUGAAGGCUAAGAUCCGAGCAUCCAAGCAGCAGGUGGCGGAAAUGACGAAGAUCUCGCAGUCGGAGAAGGAUCACGUGACAACGCUGCAAUCGCUGAUCGCGAGAACACGCGAGCACGUGGAGAACGUGAUACGGCCCGAGAAGAAGCGGAAAGACGGCGUGAACGAGAUGUUCAGGUGGGAUUAUUAA